GAUAAGCUUUGAGACAAUGAUCAAUACCACAGCUAGGCUGCGUUUAUCCGACCUCAAGCCAGAAUCGUGAUUUGAAUCAUGAUUGGAAUCAUGAUUCAAAUCACAAACAUGAAUCACGAUUACUACAGAAUCAGGGUUUAGACGACCUUCGUUCCAACGCUGUUUCUCCUCGGAUUCGGACCGAUCCAGUGCGCAUCACAGUGCGCAGUUUGACCCAGGAAGUAUAGGUCAACUUAUACGCGCGUUUUCUAAAUGUAGCAUCGGCUGCUGUUUUUUUUUUUACCGUGACCGACAGUGCUAAUAAUAUGUUGCAGCCACAGUCGUAUUUACAAGUAACGUUCGCUCGGCUCUCGCACAAUUACAAUCGAUUAUUUUUGUUUUGCUUCCAGAAUUCGGUGUGUUAUAUAUCAUUUUGUUUUUAUUUACCGUACUUGUAUUCAACCUUCUUAUUGAAAAUGGUGCUGGGAAAUGAAUUAUUGGCACUGUUAGCUCAACAGCAGCUGAUGGUGAUGGUCACGUUGUUCCUUCUCGACAGCGAAGGUGAAGCGACCGGGACCGGGGGUCAACGGCAGCUGCGUCUGAGAAGGAUCCGUCGCCAACGUCGGGUGCACUUGCUAAAAUUUUGUAAAAGAAUGACAUUUACUCUUGCCAUGAAUAUUGACGCCCUAACGCAACACCGUAAUGGUGCAAGACUUGAACGGCCUGGGUUAUGGUGGAUGCAUGCAUCAACCAAUUUCUCACCGCAGGAGUGGAAGGAGAACUUCCGAAUGUCAAGGGAGACAUUUUCACUCAUUGUGGAAGCUCUGAGGGGAGAAAUUGAGAAAAUGGAGACUGGGCUUGGCUGCCACUCAGUUGAGAAGCGUGUUGCCAUUACAAUUUGGAGAUUGGCAACUCCCAAUGCUUACCGCUGCAUUAGUCAGCUCUUUGGGGUGGGGAAGGCUACAGCGUGGGGAAUUACGCAUGAUGUAUGCAGGGCCAUCGUGCGGACACUUCUCCCACGCUACGUAAAAUUCCCAGAAGGUGAAGAGUUGCAGCGAGUAAAGAGGGGCUUUGCAGCGAUUGGAAUGCCACAGGCUGUGGGGGCGAUUGAUGGAACCCACAUCCAAAUCAAAGCCCCCAAGGAUUGCCCCCACGAUUAUUUUAACCGAAAGGGAUUUUACUCUACAAUUAUGCAAGCAGUUGUAGAUCACAAAUGCCGGUUCACUGACAUCUACAUUGGCUGGCCAGGGUGUGUACAUGAUGCACGGGUUCUGGUGAAUUCAUCUGUGUACCGUAAAGGAGAAAAUGGUACCCUCCUUCCACAGGAGAGGCAGCUGAUGUCUGGGGUUGAAGUACCACUCUUCAUUAUUGGAGAUGCAGCUUAUCCGCUACGCACCUGGCUCAUGAAGGCAUAUCCAGAGACUGGAAGGCUAACUCCACGCCAAGUCAGGUUCAAUCAUCAAUUGAGCCGUGUUAGGAUGGUCGUGGAAAGAGCUUUUGGUCUUCUGAAAGCUAGAUGGCGCUCACUUUCACGUAUAAAUGAAAGCAAGGUUGAAAAUAUGACCCAUCUCAUUGCAGCUUGCUGUGUUCUGCAUAACAUUUGUCAGGACUCUAAUCAAGAUGUUGACAUGGAAGCAGAUAUUCAUCAGGAGCCUAUUGUUCAACAUCCUGAUCCUGGUCUUGAUGCAGGUCCUACUCCUCUGCAGUGCCGGGAUGCCUUGGCACAGUUUCUUGAUCAGUAGCACAGUCCUACUUAGCUUUUCAUUUGAAACUCAAACCUGAUCGCAUUUAAAGGAAAUGUGAUUUAUGUAAAUCCAAUCAGAUACUUUUUGCGAAAUGUACUUUAAUUUCUAGAAGCAAAAGAAAGAGCUGUUACUAUUUAUACCUUUUUUCUGUUUUUAUCUACAACAUAGUACAUAUAUGCAUAUUGUGUUUUGGCUCAAUUGUUUUCAACAAAUAACACAAUUUAAAUGAGAAUGCUCGAAUUGACUUUGCACAAUAGUAAAUUAAUGACUGUUCUGUUCUAGUGCCCCUUUUCCAAAAUAUCUAAGUGCAUCACUUAUUGUGAGAUUCUGUGAUAUGCCUAUGGAUAUUUUUUUAAUCCCCAUAAUUAAAUGUUAUUUAAUACAUUAAUAUUUUAAACAAAGUUCUUUAAAAACAAAGUACCGGUAUGUACAUUCCUUUGUUUGGAUCAUAAUAGCAUUAAUUUGAGAGAAUAUGAACUUCCUCUUGCAGAGAUUUUUUGUAUUAUUAUUGUUCCUAUUUUCUUUUGUGGAAGUUAAAAAAUGAAGAAAAAAAAACCCUGAUAGAAUGAGAACAGUCAAAUACUGAAAAAUCAAUGCAUAACACAAAACGUUCAUCAAAUUUGGAUUAAAAAAAUAAGAGGUUUCACUAAUUUUACAAUGUAGUUAUAAUGCAUAUCCUGGUCGGUAUGUAUAUGAGGGGAGCGAUGACAUUACCCAUUCACUAUUUCUUUUGUAUUUAAUUAUGUAUUUAAAUUUUCUCAUUACCAUGUGAAACAAUGUUUUAUUCCUCCCAUUAAUAUGGGGAAUUACCAUUGAACAUUUUGUGUUCAACCAUCAAAUCUGUAAAGAAAGUAAAUUAGGUGUAAUUAAAAAAAAAUCAUGAGUGAAUGACAUCAUCGAAUCUAAAUAAGCAAAAACUUAAAAUGUUGUAACUUUAUCAUUUUAAAUCUGAUUUUGAUGAAAUUUUCAACUAUGCUAGUUUGAUUUUUCUCAGUAAUAACCUUUAAUAUAUUCAUUCAGUUUUUCUCAAAUUUGUUUUUUUUUAAUACAAUUCACCUGGUUUAAGGGUUUCAUUCAUAUUUUGUACAUGGUUUAUACCUUAUAGAAGUACUUGUUAGCAUCGGUUGAAAACAAUUGUCAUGAUGAUUGUAAGGGGACAAGACCCCCCCCCCCCCUCUUAAAAAACACAUGAAAAUUGGUUAUUAUUUCGGCUUUUGUGGGGGGUGAGUUCAGUGGAUAACCAUGAUGACACUUGUACCAUUUUCAAGACAAUAAUGUAUUCCAAUAGUUUUCAUUUCAUUGUAAAUGUCUGUAAAAUUGAUGCAAGAUCAUCAUAACAGCACAUCUAAGCCUUCAAUCUCAGUAAAAUACACAAAAUGAUAGAAAAUUUAUGGUGUAAAUUGUAUAACAAAUUUAUUUAAUGAACACAAAACAUGGCAAGCUGACUGACCCUUUUCCCCAUGAGGUAGUAAUCAACUUUUUUAUAUAUGUAUAUAUACAAUUAGUCCUUACAUGACUAUGGACUGAAAUUUUAUCGGAAAAUCCAGCCCAUGAUAUAGUUGGCUCUAAAGGCAGUAACGAGCAGUAUAGAUGAAAGUUUGGAGUCUUUUAAACCAUAAAUUUAUGAGUAAAUAAGUAAGUUACCCCUACGCUUUAGACUGAAGAAAGUAUAAAUAGACAAGAUGAGAAACAACUUCAUCUUUCUGUUUUAAGUAACUUCACACACAAUGUAUAAAAAUGUCAAGGUAUUUACAACGAGGCAAUGUACAUUGUUGCUUAUAUUUGACAUGCCCAUUUCUUAACAUGAAGGUCAAUCGAUAUUGCAAAAUCUUUGGUUAUGAUUCAUGUAGUUGAAAGACCCUGUUGAAAUACGGGGUUAAUGGCACCUGCUUUAGGCAAGAAUAUACACAACGUUUAAGUUUUAUUUUGUUCAUAUGUACUUUGAAAAAUAUUUACAUAUUUACAAAUGCAUUGUCCAAGAUGGACAACCGCUUUAUAUUACAUGCUUACAUUUCAUGCUAAAUAUAUUGUUAUACUUUCUUUGAAAUCGCUUUUUUUGAACUAUUUUUCUUCUCAAAUUACUGUUACUCAAAUUUUAUAUGCGUUUUGUAUCUGUUAUCCCAAGGAAAUGUUCUGCUUCAGCAAGAUUAUUUGGAAAAGCUUUGCAAAGUGGAUUGAAUCAUGUUUCUUCUCAUAUGAAGCAUACUGGAAUGCAAUAAAAAAAAAUAGUAGUUCAGACA